GCCGCCACAGGCGUGUCAGAGGCAGGACCACACGUGUACCGUGUUGACUAUCAAAAGUGUCUGGUAGCCCAGUUUCCGGAAGCGGUGAGUUCUGACAGAAAUUCCUGAACUCGAGUCCCCCGAAUCUGCGAAUCCCCAAGCAUGAGCGCCCCAGGCGUGCUGUCCUUUACCCAGCAGGGCUGGGAGCAGGUGCUGGCCAAAGUGAAACGGUCUGUGGUCUACCUGGACGCCGCCUGCGCCGAGAGCCUGCACUGGGGCUGCGGAUCCACGCGGCUCCUGGAGGCGGUGGGGGUUCCUGCGUGUCACUUGCGCGAGUUCGAGCCCGACGCACUUGGUGGUGGGGCUGAGCAGCCCAAGGCAGUGUUUGUGCUGACCUGCCUGCUGAAAGGCCGGACCGUGGAGACUCUCCGAGACAUCAUCCGCCGCAGUCACUUCCAGUAUUGUGUGGUGGUCACGGCUGUGAGCCACGCUGUCCAUCUUACCGCUAAUCAUGUGCCAGCGGCGGCAGCGGCAGAGCUGGAGGGGCAGCACCCAGUGUUCGAGCAGCUGCAGGAGAAGCUCUGUGAGUGGAUGGGCAACAUGAACUACACGGCCGAAGUCCUCCACGUCCCGCUGUUGCUCGCCCCUGCUGCUCCUCACCUUGCCUUGACUCCAGCCUUUGCUUCCCUUUUUCCACUGCUGCCCCAGGAUGUGCAUCUUCUGAAUAGUGCCCGACCGGAUAAGAGGAGGCUGGGAAGCCUGGGUGAGGUGGAUGCCGCUGCUCUAACCCCGGAGCUGCUGCUGCAGAUCAGGUGCCUGGUGUCAGGCCUCAGUUCUCUGUGUGAGCAUUUAGGAGUACGAGAGGAGUGUUUUGCUGUGGGUUCCCUAAGUCGGGUCAUCGCUGCAGAUCUGGCCAAUUAUGCCCCUGCCAAGAACAGGAGAAAGACUGCUGCGGGCAGGGCAUCAGUGGUCUUUGUAGACAGAACUCUGGAUCUCACAGGAGCCGUUGGACAUCACGGAGACAACUUAGUAGAGAAGAUCAUUUCAGCGCUUCCCCAGCUUCCAGGCCACACCAGUGAUGUGAUGGUUAACAUGGUAGAGCUCACCGCACUCCAGAAUGCGGAGGAGAAUCACAAUGUGGUUGCACCAGGCUGUCUUGCACAUGCCAACGACACCUCAGCCAAAGCCCUGUGGGCAGCCUUACUGGACAGCAAGCACAAAGAGGCGGUGAUGGAAGUUCGGAGACAUCUAGUGGAGGCAGCGAGCAGAGAGCGUCUGCCAAUCAAGAUGAGCAUGGGUAAGUAG